AUGACCUGCAAACCAAUUGGGGCCUCAGGAUUUCAGAGAACUUGGGAGAACCUCGGUGUUUAUGUUCCGGAGCUGCAGAAGAUAGUAACUCCUCUAUCGGAUGAUAUUCACGAGAGAUUCCAGACAGACAGCACAAAGCUCGAGGUGAAGUUUCGGGAGGGCUUGAAAGAGUUCAACGCCAAAGUCCUUCAGUACACUGAAGGUCUCCACAACAAAGUCAACCACAACGUUGAAGAGUACUGUAUCAUGCUAUGUCCUCUUGCUGACGAUCUUAAGGAGAAUGCCAAGGGAUUCCAGCAAAAGGUGACCCCGUUAGCUGAAGAGCUCCAGGAGAAGAUGAGUACCAACAUUGAAGACUUUAACACGAAUGUAAGCCCAUAUGCUAAAUCAGUUCAUGAGAUGGUCAACCAACAACUGGAAACCUUGCAACAGAAUUCCCUAGAUUUAUACAAAGUCUUUGGGGAUGUAACAGGAGAUAAAGGUGAAGCAGUGCAUAUAUUACAUCUGGAUUUCCAGAAGGCCUUUGCUUGUGUCCCAUACCUGUAUGAAGAACUUAGCAGUAAAGUCUACGCCGAAAUACAUGAUAAGCUGGUGGCAAUCCACGACAACAUUAAACAGCACCAGUGCCGCAAUGAGACCCAGCACCACCACCGUCAACCACCCAAUCGCAGGCAACACCGAGAAAUUUGAAGAAUGGCCGAGGAGAGAUGCUCUUUACGGAGACCCUACAAGAAAUAUACGAGCUGCUGUUGUUGAUGAACUGUUUCUCCACACGGCUUGCUGCUGUCUUGAUUGUAGCAAGCUGAAUUGCUGAUUUGAUUUGAAUUUCAAUUUUUAUAAAGUAUAUUUGGUAUAAAGGGCAAUGAAAUUCUUAUGUGCAGGAAGGAAUUGCAGAUGCUGGUUUACACCAAAGGUAGACACAAAAACCUGGAUUAAAUCCGCGGGUCAGGCAACAUCGCUGGAGAGCAGGGAUAGGGGAAGUUUUGGGUUGAGACCCUUCUGCAGACAUUAUGCCUUGUAGAACUUUAUUUUAAUUGAAAAUUACUAUUAAACAAUGCGUCUUUGAUCUAAA